AUGGCCCCGUCCGAUCGUACCGAGUCGGACCCAGACGCGACCUUGCGCCGCAAGCGUGCCGGUCGCCUGGAGGCCAUCACCAACCCGGGCGCCGUCAAGAUCAACGUCACGGGCGCGUUUAUCGUCGACGAUGAACCGCGAUCGAAGAGUCCCGUGGAAGCUGAUGGAGUACACUACGAGAACAAGGACAUCCGACUCCCGCACCACACGGGUGUCGUCAGCCAUGUGGCCGUCGACAUUGGUGGAUCGCUGGCAAAGCUGGUCUAUUUCACCCGCGAGCUGGAUGCGGCCGACAAUGGUGGUCGGCUCAACUUCAUCAACUUCGAGGCCCACCGGAUCGACCUGUGCAUCAACUUUAUCCGCCAACUCAAGGAGGAACACGAGAAGCGCAAUGGCUCAGUACCGGAGGAGCUGUGCGUGGUUGCCACUGGAGGAGGUGCUUAUAAGUUCUACGACAAAUUGAAAGAGGCGCUGGACGUCAAUAUUCUCCGGGAGGAGGAGAUGGAAUGUCUCAUUAUCGGUUUGGACUUCUUCAUCACCGAGAUUCCCAACGAAGUCUUUACCUACAGUGAUACCGAUGUCGAGCCGAUGCAAUUUGCCGAGGCCCGACCGGACAUCUACCCUUACCUGCUGGUUAACAUUGGGUCCGGUGUGUCGAUGAUCAAAGUAUCGGGCCCGAGACAAUUCGAGCGUGUGGGCGGAACACACCUCGGAGGAGGUACCUUCUGGGGUCUUAUGUCGUUAUUGACGGGCGCCCGGACCUUUGACGACAUGUUGGCAAUGGCAGACCGAGGUGACAACAGUGGAGUCGAUAUGCUGGUUGGCGAUAUCUAUGGCAUGGAUUACAGCAAGAUUGGGCUGAAGAGCACAGCCAUUGCCAGCACCUUCGGCAAGGUCUUCCGGUUGAAGAAUGCAGCCGAGCGCGGGGCAGAGGACGGCGAAGGCUUGAUCCGUGAUCCGUCCGAAGAGGGCAACAGCGGAGUCAACUUUCAUCAUGAAGACAUGAGCCGUAGUCUUCUUUAUGCCAUCAGUAACAAUAUCGGCCAAAUCUCCUAUUUACAGUCGGAGAAGCACCAAGUUAAGCACAUCUACUUCGGAGGGUCCUUUAUUCGAGGCCACCGGCAAACCAUGAACACUCUUUCCUACGCCAUCCGCUUCUGGUCCAAGGGCGAGAAGCAAGCAUACUUCUUGCGUCACGAGGGCUACCUGGGUGCUGUCGGCGCCUUCAUCCGACGACAGCCACAGAACUGGGGUCGCAGAAACAGCGUCGACGAUGUGGUAGCACCGCAGGCGGUCCGCAACCUCGCCCAGAACAUUGUCCUGAAUCAACAACAGAAUGGCCAGUCCAGCUCUGUGUAA